UGCACAACAACCCAAAGAAGCAGAAAUAAAGAUGUCAGAACAAACCACACCAGAAGAAGUGAAGAAUACUGAACUUGAGGUGCCAACAAAUAUCGAAGCACAUGAUGAUGAAAGUGAACACAAAGAAGAAAAGCCUGAAGAGGUGAAAGAAAAAGGAGUCAUUGAUGAAAACAAGGAAGAGUUGAAGGAAGAAUUAGUGCAGCCAAAAGUGCACUCAGCAGGAGAUAUGAAGAUAGAACAUCCUGCAAAGCGUCCAGCUGAAACUACAUUAGAUGAAGAAGCGGAGAAAAACAGUCCACCCAAAAAAGCCAAAACUAUUGAAUCAUCUGCAUUGAGUAAAGAUACUGUUGAAUGUGAAGAAUAAUUAAAAAUCUUAAUUCAGAU